GAGUAGUGAACUCGUAGGCCCCCGCUGUCAAGAGCCAAGGCAUCUGCAGCAUGAUCUAAACGACUUUGACAUCUCGAACAUCCGUUCACGCCUCCUUUGGUUACCUCUUCUUCUUCAUAAUCUUCGUUUCUUUUCUUUUUGUAGCUCUUGUACCUGGCAUCCAGCACUCGAGCUCAAGCUUCACUUGGCGUCGCUUGGAAGCUUCCUACUCCAUCACCAUUUAGCCGACGGAGCUUCAUCCUUAGCAACAACAACAACAAUAAGAACAACGAUUGAUAUGCGGCGACUUCUUGGGACAGCGGCCGUGGCGGCUCUUUCGCUGUCAUGGAGCGCAUCUGCCUUCAACUACUCAUCGGUAGAUAUGAUGCGGGCGCAGCUGGCUCUACUUGACGAUAGACCAGCCGACUGCCCUCCAUGUUUCAAUUGUCUCCUUCCAGCUUUCACCUGCGGUCAAUAUUCCGAAUGUAAUCAGUUCAAUGGGAAAUGUAAUUGUCCACCAGGAUUCGGAGGAGACGACUGUUUUGCUCCAGUAUGUGGCUCUCUUGCAGAUGGACAAGACCGACCGAUGCGAACAGGAGACUACUGCGAAUGCGAGCCGGGUUGGACUGGAAUCAACUGCAAUGUCUGCACAGACAAUAAGGGCUGUAAUCGCAUGAUGCCAGAAGGAGAGGGUGGCGUAUGUUACCAAAACGCAGAGGUCGUCCACGAGAAUCACCAGAUGUGCGACGUCACGAACAAGAAGAUCGUCGAUAUUCUAGAUGGCAGACGGCCCCAAGUCACUUUCACCUGUAAUGCGGAAGGAGGAAACGAAACAUGUGCUUUCGAGUUCUGGGUCGAGCACAAAGAGUCUUUCUACUGUUCUCUGAACACCUGCGAGUCGACCACGGAUAACACCUACGACCAGAACAGCACCAAAUACAGGUGCGAGAACGUCGAAUGUAAAUGUAUCCCGGACCGGAUGCUCUGUGGUGAGGGUGGCUCCGUCGAUAUCACCGAUUUCCUGGACGAAGAGAUCAAGGGCCCGGCUACAUUCAGCUGUCUUCAGGAAGAGGGUGGCGUCAACAACUGCAAGUUCAAGGAACCUGCUAUGGACAACCUAAUCCAGAUGAUGUUUGGUGACGACUCGAUUCUUUUGACUUGCCAAGGUGGAGAAUGUCUGUACGAAACAGAUGUCCCUGGCUUCGAACGUCCUGUAAAGAGGAUUAAUACUCCUUUGAUUGCUGGUGUCAUUGCUGGAGCCUCUAUCUUUGUUGUUUUGGUCAUCUUGACGGUCUGGUAUCUUGGCCGCCGACAAUUCAAAUAUGGUCCCAUUCACUUGGACGAUUCUGACGAUGAAAGCACGAAGCUCAUGGUUGAUCACAAACCCGCAUCUUUGUUUUUCGAAAAUGUCUCGUACAACUUGAACGGGAAACAAAUCUUGACCAACGUUCGCGGCGUCGCUCAUCCAGGUGAGAUCAUGGCGAUCAUGGGUGCUUCAGGUGCUGGUAAAACGACGUUCCUCGAUAUUCUGGCACGUAAGAACAAACGUGGGGCAGUCUCAGGCGAUUUCUAUGUAAAUGGCGAGAAGGUCAAUGAUAACGAUUACAAGAAUGUAGUUGGUUUCGUCGACCAAGAAGACACCAUGCUGCCAACACUCACUGUCCAUGAAACCAUCAUGACUAGUGCACUUCUUCGACUUCCCAGAGACAUGGGCCGGGCUGCUAAGGAGCAACGGGUCUAUGAAGUUGAGAAGCAAUUAGGGAUUUUUGCCAUCAAGGAUUCGUUGAUCGGAUCUGAGGAAGGCAAGGGUCGUGGUAUUUCUGGUGGCGAGAAGCGAAGAGUUGGGAUUGCCUGUGAGUUGGUCACGAGUCCUAGCAUCUUGUUUUUGGAUGAACCUACCAGUGGUCUCGAUGCGUAUAACGCCUACAACGUUAUUGAAUGUCUCGUCACCCUUGCAAAAACGUAUAAACGCACUGUCAUCUUCACGAUCCAUCAGCCAAGGUCCAACAUUGUUGCUCUCUUCGAUCGCCUCCUACUCUUAGCCAAGGGCAAAACUGUCUACUCGGGCGAGUUUGCAUCAUGUCAGGAGUAUUUCGAACACAUUGGCUACACUUGUCCUCCAGGAUUCAACAUUGCAGACUAUCUGGUCGAUUUGACAAUGCACGUUGGUACUCCCGCCACGCCUAUCGACGAAGGAAUACCUGGUCUCGAUACCUCUAGUGUUGGACCUAGCAGUACCAGAGCUGUUAAAUCCAUUGCUAGUAUAUCUGGCGGCAGUGUUGAAGAUGGUCUUUCAACUAGCCCUGGUGGAAACUCCCUACUUCGGCCAAAGGGCAAACGUAGAGACUCAGUCAAAACGAAACAGGAGAGAGAAUUGUACACACGGAAGAAGUCUGGCGCCGAUACCCCAGGAUCACAACCCGAUGAAGCACCAUUUGAUCCGAACGCCACUUCAUCUCAACAGUGGCUGAAACUACAGAAGCAGAACGCGGGUCACAUUCCCGAGCAGCUCUUGGAAGAACCCGAUAAUCUCCCUCCUGCAGCUGUAGGAACUACCGAUUUCGACGUUCUAAUUGCGGCCUAUGAGUACUCCGACAUCGCUAGCAACAUCCACGAUGAAAUCCACGUUGCCAUCAGCAGUGCCUCAGCUGCAAAUGGUCAGGCAAACGGAAAUGCUCAAGGAAAUGGACAUGUCAAUGGUGGGACUAUGGGCAGAGGCUAUGCAAGAAUUGGUUAUCUUCGACAAUUCGCUAUAUUGUCACAAAGAACGUGGAGGAAUCUCUAUCGAAACCCGAUGCUGAUGCUUACGCAUUAUGCUAUUGCUAUCCUCCUGGCUGUCCUAUCAGGCUUCCUCUUUUACGGUCUUACGGACGAUAUUCCAGGCUUCCAGAAUCGUCUUGGAUUGUUCUUCUUCGUCCUCGCGCUUUUCGGCUUCAGCACACUUUCAAGUUUGACGGUCUUCGCCGCUGAGCGUAUGUUGUUCGUCCGUGAGAGGGCUAAUGGUUACUACUCUCCGAUCACGUACUUCCUCGCCAAGGUAAUCUUCGAUAUUGUGCCUCUACGCAUCAUUCCUCCUGUCAUCAUGGGCUCCAUCGUUUACCCAAUGACUGGACUCGUUGCAGAUGGGCCACACUUCUUCAAGUUUAUCCUAGUGCUCGUGCUUUUCAACCUGGCGGCUGCGGGUAUUUGUCUAUUCAUUGGAAUCGUGUGCAAGGAUAAUGGUGUAGCAAAUCUGAUCGGAAGCUUAGUCAUGCUCUUCAGUUUGCUGUUCGCAGGCUUGCUUCUCAAUCACGAUGCUAUCCCAGCAUCUGCUUUGUGGCUCCAAACCUUGUCAAUUUUCCAUUACGGCUUCGAAGCUCUCAUCGUCAACGAGGUGACUUUCCUCACUUUAAUAGACAAGAAGUACGGUCUCGAUAUUACCGUUCCCGGCGCCACCAUCUUGAGCUCCUUCGGUUUCGACACUCAGGCCUUGUGGCCAGAUGUGGUCAGCUUGGGCAUAUUCGCCGGUGUCUUUAUAGUCUUGGCUUACAUUGCCAUGCAUGUGUUAUUGGUAGAGAGAAGAUAGAUAUUCCAAGACGGCAGUAUCUAGCAUUUAGUUUUCUUUUGUUCAGACGUUUUAUUGCAUGGGAAUCGGUAUCCCUUGGCGUUUGGCGAGGAGAGAAUAUAGGCAUCCAUUCUGGUUGUUUUUACUGCAAUAAUAUAUACUUCAAGAUCGUCUAUCAGUUCUCAAC